AUGGUUGAGCUUAUAGAGGACGAUGAAAGGCGCCAUGGGGGGAACAGGGUACUUGAGCCGGAUGUUUUGGCUGGGUACGUGCAAUUGGCAUUCGACGCGACAGUUCUGGCACUGGUGAUCGCUAUGGUGGUCAAAUUUGCGCUAGUGGUCCAAGAUGAUGUACGUUGUAAGGUUCAGGAACGCCUGGCUGCGAAUUUGCGGUCAGUCGCAGAUUGUAAGCGGUCAUAUGAGCUGAACGAGUGCUUGCCAGGCAUGAGAGUGCCAGCACUAGAAGAAUCUUGUGAUAAAUGGCUCCAUUGUAUGAAUGAGGACGUUGAGCAAUUGAAACAUGGCAGUGGUUCCGGUGCUUUGUGGGCUAAAACAAUGGGCGAGAUAUUGAACUCUUUUGUAGAGCCCAUCAGCAUCCGAUCAGCGUUCCUUAUGCUGUUUGUGGUCUGUGCAAUCGUACUGGUGACUAACGUGGCGAUUGGAUCCUAUAGAGUUUAUUACUACAACGGUUCCCUGCGGCAGGCCUCCCAACAAUAA